AUGGACCCUUAAUUAAAUGCCUAAUAUGAGAUAACAAGAAAAGACUUAAAUGAGUUUAUGUAAGAGUGUUACUAAUAUUGUAUUUCAGAGUAUAAAAGAGGUUAAGAGGAUGUUAUCAAAUAAAUGUUAAAAUAUGCAUAAUAAGAAAGUAAUGGAGAUAUAAGCAAAACAAAUAUCAAUAAUUUGCUUAACUAUCUAAAAUAGAGAAGAAAUUAAUUAUUGCCUAAUGGAAAUAAUACACCUUAAGUUGAGAAUUAAUCUAAUCACAAUACAAACAAAAAAACUUUCGUUUAAGUUUAAUAAAACGAACCUCAGAAAUUUAUAGUUAUUAAUCAUGAAAGAUUGUAACGAGCAUUCGAAGAAUUAAAAUGA